CUACAGUUUCAGUUAAAGAAAUAUGUUUUGUCCUCUCAGCAACUUCUGAGGUACGCCGCCACAAAAUAUUAAAGAGGUAGAAAGUUCGCUUGGCUGGCUUUAGUAUUCAGUUGGAACUUAGCAAUGCAAACUCUGUCCACAUUUGGAAUUUAUAACAAGUUCGUUUUACAUUAUAAGGAACCAAAAAAAAGUUUUGCAUACGUUUGAGCUUAAAAGAACAACCCAAAAUACAAAUGACUUUAUUUAUUUCGGUCCAAGGAACCAACGAGACACUUGAACCGUAUAAAACUAAAACAAGCAAACAAAUCAUAAUCUGAGCACUAGGAAUCGCAAUUCCUCUUUUAACUGGAAUAUAGUAUGAGAUCUAUAAAUGGAUUGUGGAUUGGCUUAUUAUUUGCGACAUCGUAUUCUUUUAUGUCCUGCAAUGGCCACGGGAGAUUAAUUGAGCCACCAAGUAGAGCUUCCGCUUGGCGAUUUGGAUUUCCAACCCCCCCAGACUACAACGAUCAUGAACUUUACUGUGGUGGGUUUACCCGGCAAUGGAAAGUAAACGGUGGUAAGUGUGGAGAGUGCGGAGACGCGUGGGAUGUUCCGGAACCACGGCCCCAUGAAUCUGGUGGCCAAUGGGGACAAGGCUUAAUAGUACGGAGUUAUUUGCCUGGAUCCAAAAUAAAGAUCCUUGUCGAAUUAACUGCUAGUCAUAUGGGAUAUUUUGAGUUUCGGAUUUGCCCAAAUCAAAGUGCUAAGCAGUUUUGCUUCGAUCAAAAUGUGUUGCUGAUACUUGAAGGCUAUCCUUCUCAUCCAAUUCCAACUGACCUAAACAUUCGCUUUUAUCCCCGAAAUGGAAGUCGCAUAUAUGAAAUUCAGGCGCAAUUACCUGAUCUUACGUGUGACCAGUGUGUUUUGCAAUGGCGUUAUGUUGCUGGCAAUAAUUGGGGCAUUUGCAGCGAUGGAAAUGGAGCUGUUGGGUGUGGCCCACAAGAGGAAUUUCGUUCUUGCUCGGAUAUUGCCCUCACUAAUGAGACGAGGACUUAUGUUAAACACAGUCGUCCCUCAUAUCCGACACCUACACAGCCUACACAAAUGCUUACAACCACGGAUACAAAUUCAGUAACAAGGCAUAGUGAAACUCUUAAGUAUACUAUAAUUAUUUUCCUCGUGUUGAUACUUAUAGUAUUUACUUUUUCCGUAGUAAUAUGGUACAUAUUGAAUUAUAACAAAAAAGUAUGUUCCAACAAAUGUAUUAUUAGUCUUAAAAAUAACAUGUUUUCUUGUAAUUCUAUCAAGGAAAACAUUCUUGGGUGUAACUUACUUAAAACGCCAUGCAGGGUAGGCGACAAUAAAUUAGAAAACCCACCCAUACCCCCACCAAGAACUAAAAGGCUAGAUAAAGUAAUGAAAAUUCCAGAAAAUUCAACAAACAAAGCCUAGAACGUGUAAAUUUGUCAACAUAUUGUGAAUCUUAAUUUAUUGAACCUUUAUUACAGUAUGGACACCAUUUAUUUAUGUUCUUUAUCAAGACUUAUGUUUCCUUUAAUUUAAAACUCUAAGUUUAUAGAGGCCUUGAAGCACUUCCUAAUGUUCCAUUGAGUAACAAUAUUUAUAAUUUGGAAAAAAUAAAAGAAAUGUAAAAAAUAUAUAUGGAAAACUAAAAACAAGGAAGAUCUAUAGUCGACUAUCAGAUACCCGUUACUCAGCUUAAGAGAGCAAAAGGGGAAUAGAGAUUUAUAAGCAGUAAAGCGGUAUAUUAGGGCGCCACCUACCGACUAUUUCAGUAGAUGUUAUGUGGGCGGCAGAAAGAUUCAAGCGUUUAUAGCGUUUGUGUGCGGUAGAGUGGGCUUGGUACCAAUUUCUUAGGUCAGUCUAUAAGUAUUGAUGAGACAAACACAUUUCAGUUAUAAUUUUGUUUCUAUCAUAAAAACUAUAGGCGCUACAGAUUUUCGCGGAUUGUGGGCGUUUGUAUGCCAAGUCUGACUCAUCUAGCUCUUAUAGUUUCAUACGGACAAACAGAUAGACGGACAUGGCUAGUGAUCCUGAUCAAGAAUAUAUAUACAUUAUGGGGUCGGAAACGCUUCCCUUUACCUGUUACAUACUUUACGACGAAUACCCUUUUACUCUACAAGUAACGGGUAUAAUUAAAUUAAAUAUAAAAAGCAAGUGAGUCGUUGGCAACGACAAUGACGUACACAAAUUUUAUAGUUGCAAAGCAGCUGAAAGCAAUACAUUUCAGUUAAAUUUGUUUCUAGCAAUAAAACUAAAGCGGCACAGCAGUUUGGCCGGACAAAAUUUACCUCACUGAUAGUUCGGAAAUAUAUGUUCAUUGAAACAAAAAAAAAACUAGCAAGGAAGUUAGCUUCGGAAAGCCAAAGUUUGUACACCCUUCCAGUUAUAAGAAACAAUUAACGUUAGUAACACCAUGUUAAAUUUUUAAGGAUUGCCGCUAGCUUCAGUUAUAUUAAAAAAUAUUAUUUCAUUAUUUUUCCGAUCGUUUCUUUGACAGCUAUAUGUUAGAGUCGUCCGAUUUUUAUUAAAUUUUUUCGAAAGUCCUAAAAAUAAAAAAUAAAAUUCCCAAUAUUAUAAGAUUUUAUGUCAAAAAACUCCGAAGCUAUAGAAAUGAUUUUUUUAUGAAGUGACGUUCCUAAAAACGAUAUCGGUUGUCACCGCACAGCUUUCAAAUAUUGUGUGUCGGACAUUAAUUACUAUAAGAACAUGCCGCCGGGCCAGUGCGUCGUCGACUACGUGAGGCGCACCUUGGGAGACCAUGACCGAGUUUUAUGUUUGUUUAUGACUAAUGUCCUUCAUAUUUUCUUUUUGCAACAAAAGUGGCAUUGACGUGGGAAAUAAAAUUGUGCCUUCGUAGAAAUUUAUCAUUUGUCGCCUCAAAACUAGGUAGCUAUUGAUUAAAUGAAAUGCUUAGAAAUAGCCACAAUUCUUACCGUUUUGAAGUUUGUAAUAAGUCAGUUCUAUUUUGAUUUUUUUUCUCGCAGUAUGUAUUUAAAUCAGCUGCUAUUUAUGACCCAUCAAUGCUAAGUUCGUUAAAGGCAUCUUCUCUUCAUCGAGAGAAAGCUUAUUCUGCCGAUUGAUGUCUUCUAUAUCAAACUAUUUAUCAUUUACCACAAUUUAAUCUUUUGCUGGCCAUAAAAGGGCUUCGAUCAUAAAAUAUUUUCUAAGUCUUCUUCCUAAAAAGUCCUGAUGGGUUUCUUUAAGAAACGAGCAUAUAUGUACAUACAUAAGUUUAUACCCUAGAAAUAUAAAAAAAAAAAACAAGUAAGUAAAUUCUAGCACAGUUCUUUGCCCACUUCCUAUAUCAUUGUGCAAGAAACACCAAACCAUUUCCUGGUCAAAAUAUUUUGCGCCAAAGCAACUCCAUCAUCAUUUCUGAAUUUCUAACAAACUGUUUCCCCGCCUCCAUUAUGGACGACAAAUGUAAGAGCGCUGAGCUUUGCCCCACCUGCGUCUCUAAUACCACAAAAUGUUUAUAGUUGACCAAUAGGUCCUUUUAAUGAUUCCAGAUCCAAAGUUUUUAUCCUUAUGAGAAAUAUAUACAUACAUAGGCCAACCAUUUUUGCAUGCUCCUACUUGAAUAAUUGAUUGGCGCCGCGUUUUUGACGAAUCUUGCACCUCUUUUCCUUGUGGGAUGAUUUAAGACUACUCCUCCUAUUGCAGCAAAGCUUACUUUUUGCAGUUUUGGUACCUGGCUUUUAGCCGUUGUCAGGUGCCGUAGUGUCCGUCUUGAGAGAACACGGUAUCUGCCAAAUUAUUUCUUGUGGAAUGUGCAGCUCCUGGCUGGUGGUGCGCGCCCACUGGGGUGGUGAGGUGCGGCGAGGAACCCGCUGUUUUUAGCGUUUAGAGAAGCUUGCAUGUAAUUAAAUGAAUGAAUGCUCGAAAGAGCAAGCGGCAUUUGCCGAGCCGAUAUCUUUUAUUCUCGGAAUAUUUCGGCUGUUACCGCCGAUCGUUGGGGCAUCAGUUUUGGGUCGAAAACAAAUAGAAUGAAAUAGACAAUUAGCAAUUGAUAAAUUCCAAUAAGAAAGCAAAGAAAAAAGUCGAAAUGUAGUCGAUUACGGUACAUUUGCCCCAACGACUUCGCUUGAGUGUGCGUUCCGCAAGCGUCGUCGCGCAGCUUAGCGCCGUGCCGCUACGCACCGCAUCAGCCCAUUGUGCGCAAACCUUCAUUAUGCACUAACUCCACAAAUAAUCAAAAAAUAAAUUUUUAUGCAAAAAUUAUAAAUGAUUCUAAUUCAUUGAAUCGUCUCUGUAGUUGAUUGAUAACCGUGCUGGUCGAUGAGCGUCUUUGAAGGCCGCUUGCUAUCUUUAAAUACUUUCUGAUAUUUCUCUACCAACUACUUUAAUGCUGUUAGUCUCGAGGCGUACUCUUCCCCAGUAGGUGAAGAGGGUGGAAAAAGCAGUCUAAACCUGGCACUGCAUCGCGACGCUAACGGAGCUUCGUUAUUCUUUUGAUUGCUUGUUAUACAUAAACCGCUCAAAAACCACAAAUAAAUAACUAAACUAUAUUGUCUAAUUUCAAGGUGUUUUGCACGACUGAAAGAACCCCUUAAUUCUAUGAACCCGAGCAGCGGCAUCUUAACACCGCUUGCUGGACUUCUUAGUCUAGGUCGCAAAAUGGUUGGCAGAGAUCGUUCAAGGAGUUUAGCUUUCCAGAAUCCUUGCAAUAAUUUAUUUUGAGGUGUUGGAUUUGUGCUUGUAACUCAUUUUGGUUAUCUAGCAGUCUUGUGUAACCAAACCGAAGAGUCCUGGGAAGCCGGAUGACACUGUGAGUCCUUCGGAAAGUCACUUCGGCGACUCUUCUUGAAGUGUCUUCGGCGACACUUUUCGGACGAUAGUUUUCAUCUUCUAGAAGUCACUUAGAAGUGACUUGCGCGAUAAAAAAUGCUUGCAGGGAAUAAUUUCUGAGCUAAGCAACGAAUGUACUUGUCGGCGUAAAAAAAGGAAGAAGGGAC